AUGUUCUUCACGAGAGGCCACUUCCUGGGGGCUCUUCUCCUCCUGCUGCACAGCGGAGCAGACGCUUGCUCUCGAGUAACCUACCAUGCCGGCGUCGAUGACCGUAUCACGGUCGGCAGAUCAAUGGAUUUCGUCACCUCGACAAACUCGAGCAUCUACGUGUUUCCGGCAGGUCUGGAGCGCAACGGCUCUGUCGCGGUCAAUCCGCUCCAAUGGACGUCAAAGUACGGCAGCAUCGUGGCCACCAUGUACGACGAGGUCACCAUCGACGGUAUCAACUCUGCAGGCUUGACCGGCAGUGUCCUCUACCUGGGACCCAGCGACUAUGGGGUGCGCAAUGAAUCCCGGCCCGGUCUCGCCAUCGGCCUGUGGCUGCAAUUCUACCUCGACAUGUACGACACGGUCGCGGCCGCAGUGGCGGAUCUCGACGAGCUCGACCUGCAAGUCGUGGCGGCCGCGCUGGUUCCGGGUGUUUCGUCCGUCGGCCACAUCUCUCUGUCCGACAAGUCAGGCGACAACCUCAUCAUCGAAUACCUCGAUGGCCAGUUGGCCAUUCACCACGGCGAGCAGUAUCCGGUCAUGACGAACGACCCGUCGUUCGACCAACAACUCGCCAUCUGGCAAUACUGGGAGCCAAUGUCCAACUACUCACUACCCGGUACUCAGACACCCGCAGAUCGCUUCGUGAGAUUGUCCUACUACAAUUCCAUAUCGCCCCAGUCUCCGGAUCUGGAGACUUCUCUGGCCGUCACGGCGGCUAUGAUCAGAGCCGUCAGCGUCCCUUUCGUGCCAGACAGCCUCAUCAACAAGAACCUGGAUGUGUGGCCGACGCUCUGGAGGGUCUACUAUGACGUCAAGGACAUGGUGUUUUUCUACGAGAGCGCCGUGCGCCCUGUCGCCGUCUACAUGGUCUUGAGCGACUACGACUUGGGCACAAACGGAACCGUCCAGCGCUUGGGUCUCGCCGACGGCGACUGGGAAGACUUGUACGGUGACAUGAAGGGCAAGUUCUCCCCUGCGGCGGUGUUCAAGCCGCUCGGCCCGCUCCUCUAA